GCAGCCCUUCCGGUGGUGACCACGCCAUAGCCCCCUUCACGGGUCGGCCGCUGUAGUCGGCGCUGAAGCUUGUUGUCGACAUUGAACCCGCCACGCAACCCCAUCCAUCGACUACCAAUCAAUCGAUUGUCCUGCUUCAUCAUGGAUUCAUCAAACAAAACCCAAGUCGCUCGAGUAGUCCGGGUCCUCGGCCGAACCGGUUCCCGAGGAAGCGUCACCCAAUGCCGAGUCGAGUUCAUGGACGAUUCUUCCCGAUCUAUCAUCCGUAACGUCAAGGGAGCCGUCCGAAAAAGUGACAUGCUCUCCCUUCUCGAAUCUGAGCGUGAGGCCCGUCGUUUACGAUAAUCGUUCAAGUUCACGAUGCCCUUUCUCUCUUGUAACAUCCUCGAUCCCUCUACAUUAUUCGUAAUCGUCGAUGUUUCGUAGCAUAUGCCUUUUUUGGGAGGGGGUCUUGUUGUAGUCUGCUUUCCCUGGUGUUUUUGUGCCAGGAGUAACUCAGCCUCACGUUGAAUCCCAUCAUCAAACAUCAUCAUGUUUGCUCCUCAUUCGAGUCUUGGCCCCCUUCGAGACACUCGCCCCCGCAUGUCUAUUUUACAUUUGUCUAUGAAUUGAGCUGAAUUCAAAUGCAAUAUAGCAGUGCGACUUUCGAAGAG